AUGCGAGAAAUUAUACAGUCCAAAUCAAUUCCGGUGAAGCAUAACCCUACAAAAGAAGAGAAAGAAUUAAAAACACAAUACAAGAAUGAAGCUACAACCAAGUUCAAAUUACCAAUUCCAGAGAAGUACAAAUGCAAGAAUUCAUACAGUUCAAAUCAAUUUCGCACAAUACAAGAAAUGAAGCUACAAACACAAGAAAAUAUCAAUCUAAAUCAAUUCUGGCGAAGUACAAAUGCAAGAAAACAUCAAUUCAAAUCAAUCUCAGCAAAGCAUAAAUCUACAAAAGGAGUGAAGGAAUUUAAAAGCAGAAAAAAACUACAAGCUACUUAUCAUUACAGCAGAGCCAAAUCACCAAUCCUAGCGAAGUACAACACAAGAAAUGAAGCUACGGCUAAGUCCAAAUCAAUCCCAGACCUGAACCUUCAAAUGAAGUAA